AUGUGUAGUGAAUACGGUGAGAAAGAGAGAUUGUACCAAAAAAAAAUCAGGAAAAUGCAAAGCGGUGAUGAUGUUAACAAUUGUGUCAGUCCGGGGUUUAGGGGUGAUAAGCGGAAAUCUUUGAUUGGACAUUAUUUGGCAAGGAAGUACGAGAAGGUGUUGUCUAUUGAGGGUAAGUUGAGUAAGGAGCAUGGUGAUGAUGGAGUGAUAUCGAACCGGGAGAUGAUCGCUAAUAUUGCGGUUUCUUUGUUUGAUGCUACUUGGGAGCGCCUCAAGGUUGGGAAGGAUAGCCGGGCGAAGUCUAUUGAUGAUGAUUUUGAGGAGUUUGCGAUGAAGCAUGAGCUGGAGAGUAUUUCCGAUAGUUUUUGGCUGGAUGAGAACUUUAGGGAGGAGUCUGAGGGGGGCGAUAUUUCUGCGGAUGAUGUUGAUGUUGGUAAUUCCAGGAAUGUAAAAGGUGGUGGCAGCAGCAGUAAACUAAAGAAGAUACAUAGUGUAGAAGGACAUGAUCAUUUUGUUGAUAUUUUGUUGGAUAAGAUGAUUUCUGCUCUAUUGCCUGAUGAUUUGCCCGAAAGGGAGCAAUUUACGCAGCGGGUUCAUGAGCCUGGAAGACGGAAGAGCCAUCCUAUUUCUGUUGUUAUAAUGUCCCGGAAUUUGAAAAUCAUGACUGCCAAAUUGGGUCUUCUUUUCGAAUUCCAGGACUCGAUCAUUAGGCUUAUAACAUGGAGGAAUCCUUCGGGGACAAUUACUGCAUUAAUGUUGUUUUCGUUUAUUUGCUUCAAUCCUAUGCUGUUACCUAUUAUCUCAUUAGGUUAUGUUCUUUUUGGAUUAAUGAUUCCUGGUUACCUACACAGGCAUCCAUUAAGACGCAAUUUCUACCUGACCAAACGUGUAUAUGGAAAAUCCUUGUUGGUUACUGUGGCUACUGGAGGGAAACCCUCCAAUUGGCAGGGUCAUGAUAAUGUGCUAGAGUAUGAUUAUAAUAAUUUGCAUACAGAAGGUGAGGAUUGGGAAAGGGCUCAAAAUAUCAGGCAGACGUUGGAAUUUAUCGUGAAUUUGCGUGACUUACAAAACUUAAUGACAGCUACAGUACUGGCUACUGAGAACUUGGAGAAGUUUGUUUAUGGCGACGCUGGUUUUAAAAAUGAACGCAGGUCCACGAUCUUGUUCCUAUCUGGCCUCUUGGCACUUGUAGUUUUAUGGUGUAUGUCUCCGUUUAUCAACUGGUCUGUUACUGCUAGUGUUGGAGCGUGGGCAGGAUUAUUAACGCUGCAUCCAAGAGUACUGCCUAAAUUGACUGAUUUUAUAAACGAAGAACAGAUUGAAAAAGGUAAAGAAGUAAUGGAGAAUGUCGAGAAAUAUGAUAUUAUUCUGGAUGAACAGCCGGAAGUAAGAUAUUUGGAAGUAUUUGAAAUAUACAAACAGGGUCUAACUCCGCAGCAGUGGGACUUUUAUACUAUCUCAUCACAUGUUUUUGAUCCGAUGGACAAAUACAGAAAAUCGCAAACCCCACCCCCAGGUGUAACAAGCUUAGAAUUUGUAACCGCACCGUCUACUUGGUGCUUUGACAAAAACUCAGAAUGGGUGGUUGAUAAAAAUGUUGAAGUUUGGGCAAAUGAGCGAGGACUUUCAUUGGCCAUAGAUGGCGAAUUUUUGGUAGAUGAUGCGUUUAAAAGAAAACGUUUGACGAGAAAAGUGGUAAGAUACGCCAACCCUGCACGCAAACCGGCAUAUAGGUAA